UUGAUUGUUUUUAGACUCUAUGCACCGAUUCACGGCAUCGUUUGCGUUGGUUUGUGUGUUUUCGGAAUUCUGACGAACAUCGUGCACGUUAUAGUGCUAACUCGACCAGCCAUGCGAAACUCGGCCGUGAACUGUGUGCUGACGGCGGUAGCGAUCUGCGACAUCGGAACUAUGAACAUUUUGGAACUUUCAUGCUCCUUAUGCUUAAUUUUCAGUAGUUGGCAACGUCCUCAGUUUGCCUGGAAGUUGUGCACGAUGAUCUAUGUAUGCGUUUUUGCGAUGUCCAUUCCCAGUGUGUUCGUUCAUGAAAUUUCCGUCUACGAAGCAUCACGUUGGGAACCAGGAACCAGAUGUGCCUCAUUCUACCCGGCCAACUACACACAAACCAUCUACACGUUUACGGUAACACUUAGAAUGUAUCCAAGCAGCUGA